GGCUGUGGUUUAAAGCGGGGCGGUAAGGGGUCGAGAGCAAACUGGUUAAACUUCUGGAGAAACGAAGAGCCGGAGCGGAUGCUGGACAGAUACUGAGCACUGUUUCUCUGUGUGGACUUGGAACAAGAGUGAGCGAGAUGCGUGGUUUGUUUUCCACCCUUUUCCUGCUGCUGGUGGCCUUAAUGAUCGUCACUUCAGAAGCUGGAAAGAACAAGAAAGACAGAGGUAAAGGGCCGAAGGGGGCGUCAGACUGUGCAGAAUCCCGCUUUGGUGGUUGCGUACCCAAUAAUGGAGACUGCGGUGCUGGCAUGAGGGAAGGAACCUGCAAUGAUCAGACCAAGAAGAUGAAGUGCAAAGUGCCCUGCAACUGGAAGAAAGAGUUUGGUGCUGACUGCAAGUAUAAGUUUAGUAACUGGGGCGAAUGUGACGUAGCUACGGGCAGUAAGAGUCGCACCGGUACACUGCAGAAGGCUCUGUACAACGUCGACUGCCAGCCCAGCAUCACGGUGUCUAAACCCUGCUCAAAGAGCAAACCCAAGACCAAAGGGAAGAAAGGAAAGGGAAAAGGAAAUUAGAAAGGAGAGAUCCAAGAAAGACGUGAGGAGCCACCCUCCACCAUCAGAUGAACACCAGCCUUCCAAACUCCAGCUUUUCAUUUCUCCCUCUUUAUAACUCCACUGUCACACUCAGUGACAGGAAAUGUGAAGUGCGUCAGACACGGCUUUCUUCUCCAUUCUGUAAAGCUGCAGCUCCUGUGUUUGUUGUUCUAGAGCACGGGAGCGCGUCACGCUGUGAUGCGACCGACACCCUGUCGUAAAAUAGAACUUCCAGAAGAAGAGGGAGUGAAAGGCUGAUGUUUGGAGGAAGGAAGAUGUCGCUGACCCCCGGCCCCUUUGGCUCUUUGUAGACGAAGGAGAGAUUAUACUGUCCUGCUCUCUGUCAAAACCUCACCGUUUCUCAUCUGACACAUAAAAAAAAAACGCUUACACUCUCACAAACACACACACACACACACACCAACCUGUGUACUUUAAUGUUUAUCGUAUAAAUCCACUUUUGUAAUAAGAUUGUGUGAUGUUGCAGUAGAGGAUUAUCUGAAUAGUGGAGUUUAUGAGUAAUCUCGGUUUUGAAAAACAAAACAAAAAAAGAAGAGAAAGUCUUACUGCUCUUUUUGUAGGAUUAAAUGUAAGUCAUGGAAAAAACAUUUGAAAUAAAAUAUUUUGAAAAGUAA